CGGGGGCUCUGGGGCCACACGUGGGCCACUCAGCCUCCGUCGCCUCACCUGCGAAGCGGCAAGCACCGCGCUGUGCCCCAGAGGCCCGCACUCAGCGCCCCUUCCCAGUCGGUCAACGGCGGGGGCGACGUCCCCGUCGGCCCUGCCGCCCGGGCCCCCACACCUGUCCUUGGCCUUGCAGCCGAGGGCCCGCAGGAGCCCGUGCCCACCCUGUGGAACGAGCCCGCCGAGCUGCCGUCGGGAGAAAGCCCCGUGGAGAGCACCAGCCCCGCCCGGGAGCCGGCGGUCAGCGGCCCGCCCGCGCCCACCGCCACGCCGAGCCCCGAGGACAGCACCGCGCGGGAGCGUCUGGACCAGGGCGGCGGCUCGCUGGGGCCCGGCGCCAUCGCGGCCAUCGUCAUCGCCGCCCUGCUGGCCACCUGCGUGGUGCUGGCGCUCGUGGUCGUCGCGCUGAGAAAGUUCUCCGCCUCCUGAAGCGAAUAAAGGGGCCGCGCCCCGGCCGCGGCGCGACUCGGCGGCACCUCCGGUGCGCGCCCCCGUGUCACCAUGUGUCCGCGCCAACUGUUUUGGCCUCCUUGGUUUCUCGGAGCUCCAGACUACCUGUUCUGGCUAAGACCAGUUUUCUCCUCCUGGAUACGCCAGAUAGCCACACGUGGUACCCACUCACACUCCCCCAAACACAUCAUGGCUUAAGUUUCUGCUUAUAAAAGACUGUUAUGAAACUGACUGGUUUUCAUGAAACUGUUUACAUUAUUACACAUAACCUGCAGUAGCCGAAGCCUUCCUUAGAGCAGGU